AUGCCUGAUGAUGCGCUGAUCGUUCCUGCUGUUUUGCCCUCUGGAUCACUACACUUUGCGACUGUCGGAGCGUCUGCAACUGUCCAGGAAGUAACGGGCGUUCUCCUUCAAGACCCACAAGUCGGCCGCGAAGUGCUCGGAGACCUGGAGGAUUUUGGCUGGGCGUUGCAGAAGAUACGUAGCGAGCGCAAUGGUCGGCAGUGGACAGAGGAAGAGUUGGAGGAGCUAGGAAACGGGAUUGUGCCUCCUUCGGACCUUGUGGCUCCUUUGCUUGAUGCGCCUUCCCCUCACCCGCGCUCCGAACGGCACUUCUCAGCGUUCCCGCUAACAUCGCAUUUACACACUCCGGUGCUACGGCUGGUAUCCCUUCAUCCCUUCCUCGCACUCAUAUGCACUUUCCUACGCGUCCCUGAGAUACAUGACGGCUUCCAGUGGAAGCUAUUCCUCUCGAGAACCAUGACGCUAGGGCUCAUGAAAGCACUUCCGAUUCCGGGAGGUGGUACCCUGGACUAUGUACUGGAGGAGGUAUGGGCUCAAGAGGACGCGGAAAAAUCAUCCAGGCUGCCAUUUACGAGUACAUUAUCGAGCAUCCUAGAAUCACCCUCUAGCCCAACCCUUUCUUUCCGUUUCUGUGUCCCAGACGAGUGGUAUCGCAGGUCGAAGAGCAGACAAGUAUCUACCACAUCAACCGAACCCUCAGAGGAUACUAUCAGACGGCUCGCUGACCUCGAGGAAGCCGAAGAGAGCGAUGAAGCAGAAGGAACAGCGAAACAGAAAGAACUUGCACAACCGGAGGCACCGGCAAGCCCGAAUUCUAGUAUGACCGCUGACUGGCGUGCGUCGAUCUCGCAAAACAGGUUUUCUAGCAUAUUUGAUGGCUGGAUGCGACCGACUAGUCCCGAGGCUCAUAUCGGGACAAUAGCCGCGAAAGAGAAGACUGUCAGCGAACCCAAGCUGGUCGAACAACAUACUGGCGGGACUAUAGUAGGCAAUGCCUUCGAGAUGGAAGACCAGGAAACGAAUGGUUUUGAUGAACGCGAGUUUGAACAUGUACUCGACGAACUAGGGUUCAAGGGGGCUAAGCGGGAGCCCAUGUACCAACUUCCGCUGGAGAAGAAGCAGAUUCUACUUCGCAAUCAAGCUGUAUCUCGCAGUUCGACCAUGUCACGAGCUGCUGGUGCAAGGCAGACCGCUAUGCAUACCGCACUGCCAUCCACAUACGGACCCGCCAGUGCAGCAGCAUUUCUACCACGCCUAGUCCCUCAACUGACAGGCGAUUCGGGCUUCAUGAAGCGCCUCUCCAUUGCUACUGGGGAAGUGCCGGACUCAGCUGGUUCCGCGAAGUCGCAAGCCGAUAGUAUAACGACGGCGACACUACAGCCGCAGUCCACAGGCGGUCUCUGGAGUAGUUGGUGGACGUCAUCGGGCGGGGAGAAGGGAGCUGUCUCCGGAGCAAAGGAGAUAGAGAAGACUCCGAAGUGGUAUGCUGACGGCAUUCGCAGCGGGAGGGCUACGGACAUGAAGCUCGUGAAGCACCUCAUCUCCCUCCGCGUGCACCUCUCCACUGCGAGUCUGGUUUGGGUAGAGGAGUUUGUUGGUGAGGAAAAUGGUAUGGACGCUAUUGGAAAGCUGCUGGGUGGGCUUGUGAGCAAGGGCGGGAAGCGGAAGAAGCUGACCGAGAUCGAGGAGACUGUACUGUUGGAAAUCAUCAAGUGCCUGCGGGUCUUGCUGAAUACUGAGCCCGGUUUCAGCGAAGUGCUCAGAUCACCGACGCUUAUAACCCAUAUCGCCUACUCACUCCACGGCUCCUCUAUUCGACUUCGAACGCUGACUUCCGAGGUCCUGGCGGCAAUAUGCGUUCUCUCGCUGACCGAAGGCCACAAGGCAGUCUUGGCUGCCAUGUCGGAUUACAGAGUGGAGUUUGAGGAGGCGUUCCGCUUCCAGGAGCUCAUUGCUUCGCUUCGUUUGCCAGAGAUCACAGACGACGGGACGAUCACGAACGAGUUCGGCUACACCAACGAGGAGGAUGGUGUAUGGGAAGCUCGGACCGCAUCCAUGGCCCUGAUCAAUGCUCUGACCAACUGUCCUGACGCUCUGGAGGAUCGUAUACUCCUUAGAGAAGAGUUUGGUCGACGCGGGUUGAAUGAAGUGAUUGUGACACUACGGUACAUUAAACCUCCAGAUUCCUUGGUCACCCAGCUCGACGUAUAUACCGAGGAGAAGUUCGAAGACGAGGAGGACAUGCGGGAGCGCGCACGUAAUCUCCCAGUGGUCGAACACUUGCUACACGCGGCACGGGAUGAUCAGACACUCUAUGCGACUGUCCUGCAGAUCUUGAGUGCUUUGAGUUCGCUCGUGGAGAGGGAUCUCGAUAGGACACGAAUCCAUCCUGUCGAGGAGCUGGAGUCGCUUCGUGCUGGAGUCGAUUCGUUGAGUCAAGAGCAUGCUGCUGAGAUCAAGACCCUAAGAGCUCUCAGUUCAGGUCCAGCGGCUGGCGUGCGUGGCGGUAGUAGCCUGGCUACCGAGUCGAAGCAGAGCUUCCAUGGCGUCGUACAACGUCUUGUCCAGAAGGAGAAAGAAGCCUCGCAACUCCAGGCCGAAUUGGAGAGGUUGAAAGCCCAGAAUCCUAGUGAAGGUCGAGACGCAGACGAGCGCGCCAAACGUGAGCGUGACCGAGUCAAAUGGAACGCUCUAAUGGAGGAAAUCGCGAAACUCAAGAUACAGAACGGCGAGCUUGAAGUCUCGUUAGGUAUGAAGGGCAAGGAGAUCGUUUAUUUGAAGCGUGCCCUCGAAUCCGUAUACUCUCGUUUUCGCUCACGAGAAGAGACGAGAGAGGAGUCAAAGGAAGCUGAAAUCGACGCGGAGAUGAUGGCUACGCGUGCGAUUGCCAGCCUGACGGAAAAGGAUGAGGAGAUUUUCACUUUACGGACCAAGAUACAAGAAUUGGAAACCCUGCUUGCGGCCAAACCGAAGUACAUCACGGAAUCGACCUUCAAGCGACAGGUCGCUCCGCCGCCACCGCCCCCUGGGCCACCCAAGACUUGGUCGGUUGCUGCCACUUCGAAUGGCAUCCCAGGUCUACCUGCUGUUGCUGCGCCUCCUCCCCCACCUCCUCCCCCGCCCCCUCCACGUUCUGAUCCCCAGCAGACGAUGCCGACAACCUUCGCGUCGACGCCACCGCCGCCGCCGCCGCCACCACCACCACCACCACCACCGGCUAGCCCACCAGGACUCGUCAAUGGGCACGAAUCCACUGUCCUGCAGCCACCACCACCACCGCCACCACCGCCGCCACCACCAACCUCUCCUGCAUCUGGUGCUCCUGCAUCGUUCUCGCCGCCUGCCCCUCCGCCGCCGCCGCCACCUCCACCAAGUGCUGCACCACCACCUCCCGGUCCUCCACCACCGCCCGGUCCCCCGCCGCCACCAUCAGCCUACAGGCGUCCGCUCCAAGUGAACAAACCGGCGAAGCGUCUCAAACCGUUCUUCUGGAACAAGCUCUCCGCUCCCGUACUGGGGUCUACGGUAUGGACACAGAUACAGUCGGAUGCGCCAUUCGACCUCGCGGAUCUGGAGGCGACUUUCGCUAUUGACAAUUCGCCUGCGAGCCCGUCGCAGAUGUCAGUGACGUCGCCGCGGAAGCAGUCGGUGACGACGCUGUUGGAUAUUACUCGGGCGAACAAUGUCGCCAUCAUGUUGUCUGGCAUCAAGAGGGAGCUGCCUGAUAUUCGUCUUGCCCUCCUCACGCUUGAUGAUAGCAAGUUGUCGAUUGAUGACCUGAGGGCCAUCGGUCGACAAUUGCCAACGACUGAAGAGGUCGCCAGGCUGAGAGAUUUCGGCGAUGUCACCAAGCUGGCUAAGGCGGAUCAGUACUUCUACCAGAUCAUGUCGAUACCGAGGUUGUCGCAGCGAUUGGAUUGUAUGCUCUACCGACAGAAGUUGGAACUGGAGAUCGAAGAGAUCCGGCCCGAGCUCAACAUCGUUCGGAAUGCAUCCCACGAACUACGCUCGUCCUCUAGGUUCAAGACCGUCCUCCAGGCUGUUCUCGCUGUCGGUAAUGCCUUGAAUGGGUCGACAUUCCGAGGUGGCGCGAGAGGCUUCCAACUAGAGGCGUUGUCAAAGAUGAAAGAGACGAGGACAGCUAAGGGCGGCUCUGACUGUCCGACGCUCUUACAUUAUUUGGCGAAGGUGCUACUGAGGAGCGAUGCGAAUCUUGUUCUCUUCGUUGAAGACAUGCCCCAUCUGGAAGCCGCGGCGCGAGUGUCGGUGCAGACGCUCAGCGCUUCCGUGCAAUCCCUGGUAGAAGGCAUGAAGCGUGUCACUGAAGAGAUACGCGCGAUGCAGGGCACGCCUCAGGCACCUGGCGACAGGUGCCCUAGUGUGAACGCGUUGAAGAACAUGGCUGUGGCCUUGGACAACGAACUCCGCUCGCUUCUUGCGUUCUAUGGGGAGAAUCCUGAUGCCCAAGACACGCCGAAGCCGGAAGAGUUCUUUGGUCUCAUUCUAUCAUUCUCAUCUUCAUUGCAGAAAGCGGCUCUGGACGUGCACGAUGCAGAUGAGAAGACCAGGGAAGCUGCGCCGAAGGUCUCGCCCCAGGAACAUCCUCGUAGUGAAUCUGAGUCGGUAAGACGAGCUCUCUUCACCGAUCGUCACAACGCUGAAUGGAUGUACAGACCAUCAAGCAGGAUAUCACUCCGUCCGCUUCACCUGCAUUGCUGGCACCUCCGAGCUCUCAAGGCCGUGCAGGAGGUCGAUCUAUCGGUCGCGGCGAUUUCGAUCAGGCAUCUUACCGUGCGGACAGGCCGGCUGCGCCCACGGACACAGAAACAGCCGGUCAGCAAGAUAUUUUUCGAUGGUGCACGGACAAGCCGCGUUUUUGACUGA